AUGGAUAUCACUUUGACCUUCAAAGAUCCUCAGGAAGAACUUAAUUAUGGACUUUACUCCCACAAGAUAGACUUUAAUUUAUUUAGAAGACUUCUCUACAGUAUGUUGCUUGGGUCUUUUUCAGGGUCUAUAUAUUUUCUCAUAAUUGGGAACUAUUUAUAUAUUACCUUGGGUAGCUACAUGUUCAUUUAGACAAUUAUAGCAAUUUUGCUUUCCAAAAAAUCCAUUUAAUAUCUCAAUAUAGUUGCUCUGGUAUAUCAGAUCGAAAUUUAAACACUGUUAGCUACCCUAAUUACUUUAUUGGACAACUCUUUGCACCGAGGCACCAUUAUGAUAAUCACCACUGCUGCAUUUCAAAUGUCAGUGUGCUUAUCCAUAGGUACCAAGUGCACUCUGAAGCUUCUAGUGAGUCUCUAUUCAACCUUGAUUUAAUUAGUACUUAGUUUACUUAUUGAAACUGUAAGUCUAGUUUGGAUCGGAUUCGCAUUCUUCUCCCUAUUGUUUGCCUUUCAAGUGACAUAUUACCAAGAAUUCGAGAAGAGAUAAAAGUACACUCUCCAUUAAAAUGCCCAAAAAAUAAAGGAGAAUUUAUUGAAUCAAAUUGAAAUUCCCAUUCUCAAAUGUUUCAGUAACGAAAACGAUCUCAAAUUGAUUUAUUCCGAAUGUAAUAAAUGCGCUUAGAAUACCCUUAGAAUCACUGAUCAAAACAGUUUUAUCAAAUUCACAAGAGAAGUCAUCAUUUUAGAAGGCAAAACCACUUCAAUAUUAACAAAAUAGUCCUCAACUCUGUAGUUCUCAGGAAAAUAGAACCUUGAAUAAUUGAUCCAUAGAUUUUUUAAAAAACAGGUGGGAGAAGAUUCCAUACUUCAUAAAACCUUUUAGGCUUAUAGAUGCAGAGUUAAACACUUAUCCUAAGAGUAUUUGUGCCAACUCAUUUUGAUACAUGAAGAUCAACCAUUGUGUGUAAUAUAUCUUCAAAAAACUUACGAUGAUUUUAUCAUAAAAACCAAUGAGAAAAUGGUCGUUUUAAAUCAAUUAUUGAAGAGAUGCGUCAAAGAGAAUUCUCAGAAAAUCAGUACUCAAUAAGAAUGCAUAUCUCUGUUAUAUAGAAAUUUAAAGUAAAACAAUUUGACCGAAAUCAUAAACAAAUUAGCUCAAGAACUCUUUUCGCUCAAUAUCUUCUUUGCCAAUUGCAAAAUCUUGUUUAAUUCUUAACAUUUACACUUCACAACCAAAAAACAACACAAUCUAAUAGGCCUUAUUCAAUAGAUUGUAUUCCAUUUCAAACACUCCUUACAAUUCAAAUCUAUUUAAGUAUCCAUAAGAGCAAAAUCUGAUAUUAUGGUGGAAGAAAAUGAAAUUCUAAUUAGACAAUUGCUUUACAACGUCAUCGAGAAUGCCAUUCAGUUUGCAAAAGACAAGAUAAAGAUUGAAAUCAAUUCAAAUUAUGACAGCAAUAUUAAUCAUUAAAUAAUUGAAGUUAAAUUUGCAAAUACUAUAGAGUUAAACCUUCAAAAAAAUAAUAGUGAAAGUAAGUAAUUAAGAAUGGGACAUUUGGUUGUGAAUAAGAUUCUAAAAUUAAUAAGCCCCUACUCUUAAUUAUAAAUCUAUUAAGAUGAAAGUAAUUAUAGUGUAAAGUUUUAUUUGUUUCACCAACUUUGA